ACGCACUAACCAGCUUUGCACGCUCUCUUCAUGCCUUAAGAAUACCCUUUAGCCAUGUUGUCAGGCUCGAUUUUCCUCUUCUCUGCAUCAUACAUUCUGUUUGACUUUCCUAUCGUCUUUCUCUUCUUUUACGCCUUCUGGUCUCUCAACUUCACUUCUUAAUUCAUCUGGCAAGUCCAGUUUAGAGCGCUAGUCGCCGACCCUUUUCAGUCCUCAAGCCAUUCCUUUCCUAUAAUAUUCAGUCGCUCAUUUCGACCGCAUCCACAACAUUUCAAAAUGUAUUUCUCGAGAUCAUUCAUGGCGUCCGCCCUAGUCGGCUUCGCAGCAGCAACUACACACGCCGGAGCAGCAUCAACAGUAGCAGCGUCGGAGUCUAUGGCAAUGCCAAUGGCAACCGCAGGAGCUGCAGCUGGGAUGGUUAAUACUCAUGUCGUUCAAGUCGGUGGAGCGAACGGCUCCCUCGUCUUCUCUCCUUCCAAUGUCGUGGCCGAGCCUGGAGAUCUUGUCCAGUUCCAGUUCAACGCCAAGAACCACUCCGUAAUCCAAUCUACGUUUGACCAGCCUUGCAUACCUAUCCAAAAUGUCAUGGCGAACAAGACGGACGCCUUUUACUCUGGGUUCAUGCCUACCACCCGAACGAUAGCGGACAACAAGAACGUUCUCACUUAUACUGUUCGCGUCAUGAACAAGACUCCUAUGUGGUACUACUGUGGUCAGGCCAAGCAUUGCCAGGCUGGUAUGGUCGGGUCCAUCAACGCUGCAACAUCUGGAAACAAGACCAUCGAGGCUUUCAAGGCUCUCGCCGCAUCAGCCUCUGAGGUCCUCAUUCCAGGUCAAACGGUAAGCGGCAACGAAGGGGCAACACCAUCCGGAGCAGCUUCAUCCGCCGCGGGAGGCGAAGCCGGAGCUUCCGCAACUGCUGGUGCUGGUGGCGCUGCCACUACCUCUACUUCGAACAACCCGGCUCAGCAAUCGACCAACGCUUCUCCAGGCCGUCUCUCGGAUUCCACCAGGCAGUCGUUCCUCGGCCUUGGUCUGGGUGCCUUUGUUUCUUUCCUCGUCCUGUAGAGUUCCAUAUACUAUUCGACAGCGCUUUACCCGAGAUCUGGGUCGGUGGGCUAGAUGCAGACGAAUGAGACGAUUCUGUCACUGUGAUACCAUUCUGGAGGACUGGCUUAUGAUAGCCAAGAUAUUAUGGGAGGGUUAUGGCUUGGGGCGUCUUCUUUUCACUUCGCAGAGAUGACAUGUGCAUAUCAUGGGCCAUCAUAGAACUACGCAGUAAUAACAAACUCGAAUAUUGAC